AUGGCGGCAAGUUCGGGUUAUAAUGAUUCGGAUAUUGUCAUCGUAGCAGCGGGAAGAACGCCAAUUGGGAACUUAAAUGGUUGUCUUAGUUCUCUGAAAGCUCAUGAACUGGGAUCCAUGGUUAUUCGAGAUGUUUUAUCUCGUGCAAAGGUCUCGCCUUCUGACGUGUCAGAAGUGAUCAUGGGACAAGUUUGCACCGCAGGUUAGGAAAGUUUCUGAUAUUGUCCACAUAUUCAAUUUUUUUUUUCGAUCUUUCAGAAGCAAUCUCCUCUUGUUUCUAAGGUGUGGGUUAUUGAGCCCAACUGUUCGAAAAAACUCAUUACUUUAACUACUAAUUUGUUUUCUGUACCAAACUUUAAAUUUUAGAUUUGUUUGUUUUAAGAGUUUCAACAGACUACUGAAAUAAAUAUUGACGCACCGGUGAGGUUUAGAUAAUUCAGGUUAAGUUCGCUGGAUAUCUCGCAUUUUUUUUCCAGUUUCAUGGUCCUUUAUAUGCUUCAUCCAGAGGGUUCGAAUUUUUUUAGUGGAAAUCAUGGUAGUGUUGGUGGGUUGUGGUGUGUUGGGUAAGGGUUUUAGUACAGUCGAAAAUUCCCCCGGAGGGGGGGGGUACUUGGGUUAUUUUCGGUUGGUCUGUCAGAGCCCCUUGCCCAUAAUAGUCUAUUCUGUGACCAAUUAUAGGCCCCAUCUUAGUCACUUUUGGGCAAAUAUGUAAUUUUCGCGGUCACUUUCCAUUUUUUCCAGUUUCCUGAUCCUUUAUAUGCUUCAUCCAGAGGGUUCGAAUUUUUUUAGUGGAAAUCACGGUAGUGUUGGUGGGUUGUGGUGUGUUGGGUAAGGGUUUUAGUACAGUCGAAAAUGUACUUGGGGUUAAUUUUGGCUGGUCUGUCAGAGCCCCUUGCCCGUAAUAGUCUAUUCUGUGGCCAAUUAUAGACUCCAUCUUAGUCACUUUUGGGCAAAUACGUAAUUCUCGCUAUCCCAACUUAGUCACUUUCUAUUUACAUGUAUGUAUCUACCUUAUCAAUCCUUUAAAUAGGUCAUCCUAAAAUGAAUUGACCCAUUUUUUAAGUUGAGUGAAGAACACUUUACUUUUCACCUACAGUUCAAACAUUCUGGUACGUUUGCUAACCGUAAAGAAGAACUAUCUCACCCUAAAAAUCAGAAAAUGUGCGACCCCAUUCUAGUAACUCUAUCAAAAAUGCAAACCCAUUAUGGUCAUUCCAGUCGUGAAAAUGCGACCCCAUCCAGCGGCACCUCCCCACUAGCCUCUUAUAAGGAAGUAACCCCCCUGCACCACUGGGGAAAAUUCCCUAAGCGACCACUCAAAAUGCGAAGAUAGAGUGGUCUCUUAUGGGAGAUGGUCACCAAUGUCCAACACGUGUACUGAUAUUAAAUUGAAUUUAAAUACAAUUUCAAAACUACAAGAUAAGCAGUGACAUGAGACCAAAAGUUCUGAGAACCCUUGGAUCAUGACACAUCAAAGGACCUUAUGAAUCCCUGCCCAGAGUGGAUUCAUCAUUCCUUUGGUACAACAUGAUUUAAAUCAAAUGAUCACUGAUCACUGAUCCCCAAAGGAAUGCACUCUAAAAAGUUGCAUAGUACCAUACAUGCCAACUCUGCAGGAUUAUCCGGGAAUCUCCCAAAUACAGCACUGAUCUCCUGCUCUCCCAUACAGGUCACCAUAUCUCUCGGAUAAAAUCAUCUUUUGAGCUUUCUGUGCCUUAGGUUGAGAUUCAGCCCAUUUUUAGCCCAAAAGUUGAAUUUUUCUUAAUUGCAGUACGGUUUCUGGGAAAUUUUUGCACGUAUUUAGUCACUGUCUAAGAUUAUUUCUGGCAUUAAAACAAUGAUUUCGAAUUUUGAUAGUGUGUAAUUCAUGUAAGAUUUCGUAUAAUACAUGUCCUAAGUCAUUCCCAUUGGGAGUGGGGGGGGAAGGGGUCCAAUAAAAUUCUGUGGGGGGAGUAGUGAAAAAAAAGAGAGCCUCACGACUUUAGAUCUCCAGAGGUUGGCAUCUUUGUGGUACAGUAUAACAAACACAAAUAUCAGACUUUAUAUUAAGGAGUCUCUUACAGGAGGUAAAAACAAUGGAAAAUUCUAAAACUGCCAUCCCCAGCCAUUGUCACAGUCACUUGUAAGAGGCGGUCAUUUAUGAGAAGUUCCAGCCAUAGAAAGGCGCAUUAACCUUUUUGGAUAGAUGGUUGCUUUUGGGAGGUGGUAUCUUACGUGAGGUUUUCUCAUCCCUUGUUUCCUGAGUCACCUGGAGCUAACACUUUUAUAGCAAGUAUUUUUAUCUCUAAGCUUGCAAAUUACUUCUUCUAGUGCCUCUCAUAGUUCACAGAUAAUCUGAGUUCUGUUAGAGAGCCUGCAUAACAUACCCAUAAGAAAAUAUUGGGUUGUAAGAGAAACUCAAAAAGGAGGUAGCAGCUGCCUGAAAAUCUUUUAAAAAAAUCCUUUUUCUCUUCUUCCUCUUAGGGAUAAAAGUUGUUCCUUAGGAAGAAUAAGCCAUUUUAUAGUUAACAGUGGAAACUGAUAGACAUACACUAUAAUGAUCAAACAUUAUGAAUUUCAGGCCAAGGCCAGGGUCCUGCACGUCAGGCUGCAUUGCAUGCUGGGAUCCCAUCAUCUGUACCAGCAUAUGGUGUGAAUAUGUUAUGUGGGUCAGGAUUAAAGGCUGUGGCACUUGGUUAUCAAUCUGUAUCCAGUGACAAAACUUCUAUUGUUGUUGCUGGUGGUCAAGAAAGCAUGAGUCAGGUAAAUAUGAGCNCAGGAGGUAAAAACAAUGGAAAAUUCUAAAACUGCCAUCCCCAGCCAUUGUCACAGUCACUUGUAAGAGGCGGUCAUUUAUGAGAAGUUCCAGCCAUAGAAAGGCGCAUUAACCUUUUUGGAUAGAUGGUUGCUUUUGGGAGGUGGUAUCUUACGUGAGGUUUUCUCAUCCCUUGUUUCCUGAGUCACCUGGAGCUAACACUUUUAUAGCAAGUAUUUUUAUCUCUAAGCUUGCAAAUUACUUCUUCUAGUGCCUCUCAUAGUUCACAGAUAAUCUGAGUUCUGUUAGAGAGCCUGCAUAACAUACCCAUAAGAAAAUAUUGGGUUGUAAGAGAAACUCAAAAAGGAGGUAGCAGCUGCCUGAAAAUCUUUUAAAAAAAUCCUUUUUCUCUUCUUCCUCUUAGGGAUAAAAGUUGUUCCUUAGGAAGAAUAAGCCAUUUUAUAGUUAACAGUGGAAACUGAUAGACAUACACUAUAACGAUCAAACAUUAUGAAUUUCAGGCCAAGGCCAGGGUCCUGCACGUCAGGCUGCAUUGCAUGCUGGGAUCCCAUCAUCUGUACCAGCAUAUGGUGUGAAUAUGUUAUGUGGGUCAGGAUUAAAGGCUGUGGCACUUGGUUAUCAAUCUGUAUCCAGUGACAAAACUUCUAUUGUUGUUGCUGGUGGUCAAGAAAGCAUGAGUCAGGUAAAUAUGAGCCUGUGAAAAUGGCCAACAUUUUGCUUUGCUUCAACCAAUCAGAAGCACUACCCAGAUCUGUUAGUGACACGUCAUCAGUAAGGAAUUUCUGUGCUCAUUCCUCAGACAUCAUUUCAUGGGGAAACCUGUGGCAUUGCAAAAUGUUGACUGUUUUCCAGGCUAUGUAAAUACACAACUUACAAUUUAACAAAUAAAUAAAAUUUUCUUUCAAAUGCAUGCAAGGUCAGGUUAGACCAUGCAGGCCCCACAAUUGCCCAUUCUGCCACCUGAGUCCUGGUGAACAAGUUUCAUAUACAUGUAGGCUUGCAAAAAUGUCUGGAAAGUCCUUGAAAAGUAAACUUCUCGAAACUAGUGGUGUUUUCUCCUUGAGAUAAUAAUUGCUGGAAUUUUGGCAUUUCUUUGCACAUAAAUGUUUUAAUGUUGUAAUCUAAUGUGUAACCGGCAGGACACAAGUUUUGGGACUUGUUUUUGCAAGUAUAAGAUUGUCGAGUACACAGAAAACUGAAGAUCAUAAGAAGUUGAUGGCAGUUUUAGUGUCCAAAAAAUAUGGCUUAUUGUAACUGAAAAACUGAACCUAAGAAAGUUCACUGAAAGUGACAACUCUAUUUUUGAACUGUCCAUUUAUUUAGUGAAAUUGGUGGAUCAGAAAGCAAUAUGGAACAGUUUAAUGCGAAAUCAGCAAAUGGUCACAUAAGCUAAUUUGGCUGGAACUUUGUGAGUUUAGACAAAGGACCCAUAACUACAGGCUAAUUUCUAAUAAAUAUAUUAUACUGUUUCUGUCACAUUUUCAGGCCCCACACUGUUGCCAUAUGAGGUCACCACUAAAGAUGGGUGAUGUUAAACUUGUGGACUCUAUGAUGUUAGAUGGUCUUAUUGAUGCAUUUCAUGACUAUCACAUGGGAAUUACAGGUAAGAAAAAUGGUCAGGACUAUAAAUGAGACACCAAAAUAUUUCAUUUGGAAGACAAAAUUUUUCAUUGCAUUUUGUUCUUCAAAAACAAAACCACAGGUUGUUAAAGGAGAGCUCUGUGUCAAGAAAUUCAGCCAAAUUAGGAAAUUACAAAAUGCCCAUUAACUUAAGAGAAACAUAAAAAUAACGGCUUAAAACUUUAAAGGAAGGUUAAAAUAACGUAAUAGAAACAACAGAUGGCACGGAUGGGCAAAACUGAAGAAGAUUGAAACAGAUUGAAAUUAGGGUUUUUGAAAACUGUUCAGCCUAACAGUUUUUCAAAGUUGAUCCCUGCUGCUUGCAACUUCAAAAAUAAUGCUCAGGAGACAUAUUUGUUUGUCACGGAUCUCUGAUUUUGUCAUUUACGUGUAAUUUCUUUGCUUACUUUAAGUUCCAUAGCGAUUGAGGGCAAGAAAUUGGCGAAAUUAAACAAAAUAAACUGGACUGCCAUGACACAGCCCCUUUAAAAGAUUUAUUUUAAAAGCAAACUUUUAUUGGAAUUAUUGAGAGACAAGUUGCUUAAAAACUUUCCAUCUAAAACCUCCUUGAAGUUAAGAAUGACCAAAGUAGCAUAGCAUCACUCAAACUCCCAAAACAUUAGUUCAUAAGAGAUUUUUCAAAUACAUUUUUCAGCUGAGAAUGUUGCAAAGCAGUGGAAAGUCAGCAGGCAUGAACAAGAUCAGUUUGCUGUUAUGUCUCAAAACAGAGUAGAGAGGGCACAGAAGGAUGGCCACUUUAAUCAAGAGAUUAUCACCAUUCCUGUGAAAAUAAGAAAAGGCAAGAAAACAGAUAAGAGACAAACUUUUUAGAUUUCUUGUAGAGUAGACCACAGAUUUCUCAGUUGUAAGAUAUUAGCUUGAACUGAUGUUAAAAAUAGUAGCUGAGUUCUCCAUAUGCUUCUGUAGCUUGUAGAUAACAACCUGUUUAUGAAUAAUUCACUGUAAAUGCAUUUUUGCAAGAAUUUAGCACGCAUAGAGUUAGACUGCCAAACAGCCUUUUCCUUUUGCACAGGUCUAGAACACGCAAGCAGUCAAGCAAAAGUCUUUAUUUACAAGCAAAUGUGAAAAUGGAGUGUGGUACUAAGGAGAGACUGACUUUUGGUUGAUACAGGAAGUCUCCUUUUCAGCUACAAUGAAAUUCGCUGAUUUAAUGCAGUUUAGGUCUCUUCUGCUAAGAUAAAGAAAAAAGGACAGAAACACGCGAAAAAGCAAAAAAAAAAGAGAUAAAAUGAAAAGUGUAUUCAAUACAAAGAUUAUUUUAACUACUUGCAAUAUUGUCAAAUAGACUGUGUUCACUUUACAGGUACAAUAGAAGUCAAAGAAGAUGAAUUCCCACGUCAUGGUACCACAAUGGAGGGCCUAGCUCGUCUCAAGCCUUGCUUUCUCCAAGAUGGCACAGGUACCGUGACUGCUGGGAAUGCCUCAGGAAUCAAUGAUGGCUCUGCGGCAGUUGUGCUCAUGACAUAUGCAGAGGCAACCAAAAGUGAUGUGACACCCCUGGCUCGUAUUGUCUCCUGGGGUCAGGCGGGUGUUGACCCAUCUGUAAUGGGUACAGGGCCCAUCCCUGCCACUCGGAAAGCUGUAAGUUGGUGUGACAGUUUUUGUUUGGGGGUUGCUAGUGAGCAUAAAUAGUAUAGACCUUUUCACGGUUUUUCAACUUUUGACACGGACAAGUUAGGGGAACCGUCGACACCACAGAAAGAGCGCCUUAACCGAGCAAAGAUAGAGCUUCGCAAAGUUGCGAAAAUUUACAGACGUUUGUAUGUUGGGGGGCAAGUUUGACCUCCCCUACAUACAAACGUCUGUAAAAAUGUGAACAUUAAAAUGUUUUGUCUCAUUGGCUCACUGCACAAAGAGGAUUUUGAUUUUAAGGAGGAAUGUUUGGCAUCAGCGAUAGAAGUGUCAGAAGUCGUGUGGGUGAAGUUUUCGCUUCGAAUAUUUCUCUGAUCGGUGUUUCACCAAAGAUAUAUUACAGUUGUCACAGUUGUAUUUCCAAUAACUGUAUAUUUCGUUAAUAGCUAUUUUCAGCAUCAAUCAAGAAUAGCUUCUAGUUCCAACGCCAGAACCGCGUUACUUUCCCAUUUAAAGCGAUCUUUCAAUAAUCAUACUAAAGAUAUUUUGUCUCCUUUUCUUUCCUCUGCAGCUUCAAAAGGCCAACUGGAAAAUUGAAGAUGUUGACUUGUUUGAGCUAAAUGAAGCAUUUGCAUCUCAGUCAUGUGCUGUUAUUAAAGAUCUGGGACUCGAUCCGCAAAAGGUGCUUUGAAUAAAUACAUACAUGAAACUCUUGCCUGUGGACCCCUCGUUAUCUCGCAAAAUUACAGAAGUUGGAGUGACAGUAAUCCUUAUCCUUUUAUUACGGACUCACGGAUACCGGCCUUUUCCCGCACGAUAGAGAUGAAUUAUCCCCCUCAGACAGGUUAUCCGUCGCAUAAUGCGUGUCAGACGGAUACUGACCUGUCUUAAUGAGAUGAAACGGACGGUUGUCACACAUUAGACCAAUAGUCUGUACGUUUAUCCGUCCACUUUGUCGGAUUAAAAAGACGGAUUAUCCUUGUUUUAUCAUCACUUUGUCUUUUCUCCUGGAUUUAUUACCCUUCUUUGCAGCGCGUAAUCUUAAACUGGUGUAAAUGUAAAUACAAGCCACGCCUUUUAUGCAAAUGUUUUCUGAGCAAAUUCUUUUUGUGCCUCAGUAUUGUUGGUAGUGACGAAAAUUUAUAGUUAUUCCCUACACUAUUAAAAACAUCGUCAAAAUAAUCACUAAGCACAAGAGCCAUAAGCAUCAUUAUCAUACAUUGUACUCGCUAUCUGUUUUCUCAUUGGUUAAGAGCUUACAGCUAAUUUUGGAAAUCAGCGCAACCUACAGAUUAGUUUUAGUUAUCUGCUAGCAGAUAACUGACUAAUCUGUAGGUUGCGUGCGCAAUGAAUGAUUUCCAAUAACAAUAUCAAUGCAGCUUCUUUGCGACGGUGUGUUUGUCGUUAUUUUCUUCAUAACAAUGUAUAAUAAAACAAUUAUUAGAUUUGGUUUUUGUGAUAUCCUAAAUAAUCAAGGUCUCGGUAAGUGUCAUCAGCCUCGGCCUUCGGCUUGGCUGAUAUCACUUACCUCGACCUUGAUUAAUCCGUAUAUCACAAAAACCUCAUCCAAUAAUUGUUUAUUAUCAACACUCACAGCAAUGUGACUUAUUGUUAUUUUAAUAAUGUAUUUUCAGGUCAAUGUCAGUGGUGGCGCUAUAGCUCUUGGACACCCAAUAGGAGCGUCCGGAUGUAGAAUUCUUGUUACUCUGUUGCACGGUUUAAAACGGACAGGUGGGAGAAGAGGGGUAGCUGCUCUUUGUAUUGGCGGUGGCAUGGGUAUUGCUAUGUGCGUGGAAAGGUUAUGAUUAGAACUGGUACGCAAAGAGGACGUUGUGAUUGGCCGCAAUUUGUGAUUGGCUUUGAAUGGAUGAAAAACCUCG